ACGUUUCCCAUCAGACAAUGCGCGAGUUUACUUCCGGAAAGACGGUCAAAGAUGUCCUCAGUCGAAGUAUAUUGCAUUUGUGGUCAGCCGUAUGAUCCCUCUUGUUUUAUGAUACAGUGUGAUGUCUGCAAAGAUUGGUUUCAUGGAAGUUGUGUUGAUAUAAAAGAACAUGAAUCAUUAGACAUUGAAAAAUAUCACUGUCCUCAGUGCCAAAAAUUGCAUGGACUUCCAAUACUUAAACAAAGAAGAAAUUGGCAUAGACAUGAUUUUGCUGAUCCUGAUGCAGAAGGAAAGGCUGUUCAAACAGGCACUUCAGUUUUUAUAAGAGAAUUAAAAUCAAGACAUUUUACUAGUGCGGAUGAUAUAGUAUUGAAAUUAAGGGGACAGCAAUUGACUUUACCAUAUCUGAUUCAAAAUGGCUUUCACUGCCCAAUUAUAGUUGAAAAUAAAACAGGGCUAGGACUCUCAAUGCCUCCUGACACUUUUACUGUUACAGACAUAAUGGAAAAUAUUGGAGCUGAUUGGUGUUUAGAUGUUAUUGAUGUUUCACGGCAAGACAAUAUCAAGAUGACAAUGAAAGAAUGGGUGGAAUAUUUUCACAGUACUUCUCGUUAUAAAAUUUAUAAUGUCAUCAGUUUAGAGUUUUCAAAUACAAGGUUAUCAGAAUUGGUAAAACCUCCCACUAUUGUACAAAAAUUAAGCUGGGUAGAAAAUUUUUGGCCAGAAAUGUUACCAGCUGGAUGUCCUUAUAUUAGACCUCAAGUAAUGAAAUAUUGUUUAAUGGGUGUGCAAGAUAGUUUUACUGAUUUUCAUAUUGAUUUUGGUGGUUCAUCAGUUUGGUAUCAUGUUCUUAGGGGUGAAAAAGUAUUUUAUGUUAUUCAACCAUCAUCUGCAAAUCUAUCUCUAUAUGAACAUUGGAUGUCUUCUUCUAAUCAGAGUGAAACAUUUUUUGGUGAUCAAGUCGAUGCUUGUUUUAAACUUGUCUUAAAGCAAGGACAAACAUUAUUUAUUCCUACUGGAUGGAUUCAUGCUGUACUUACUACUGCAGAUUCACUUGUCUUUGGUGGAAAUUUUAUUCAUAGUCUUAAUAUUCCUCUACAAUUGCAGUAA